UUGUACCGGGCAGAUCCUAGACGAUGAGCCGCGAAUAUUUGUCGAAUCUGAAGAUGAACCUGAUCGGGUACUUUUGGAGACGAAAAUCUGCAAAGAUGACGGGUACCAGAAACAGCAAGGUUCCACUCCCUCAUUGCCCUUCGCAUCGCAAACUCAAUCGGUCAACUUGCUAACGUUUGUGCGACACCGCUAGAGACCUUGAUAGUAUGGACGGAGCCCAAUGGGACGGAUAUGGCAUUGAGCUUCCAGGAAGCUGAGGGUUGCGCUGUGAUUUGGAAUUUUGUCAAUGGCGUUCAGCAGCACCUUACAAGCCUGGCAGCAGCAGACGAUGCAUUUUCCGACGACCUCGAAGGUUAUCAGUCGAUCAUGUUACCUGCCCCCGAGCUUGGAAAUCUUCCCGAAAUCGACCAUGUCAUGAGAGCCGCCAGCAUGACACAAGCUGGCCGAGACGCACUGUCGAAGUUUGUUAUUCGAGAAGAGUACAUUCCUAAGCUCAUACCAUUGGUCACAGUUGCAGAAGAUCUUGAAAGUCUCUCUGACCUACACCGGCUCUGCAAUAUUAUGAAAUCUCUCAUCCUUCUCAACGACAAUACUAUCAUCGAAACCGUCGUUACGGACCCCAUUAUCCUGGGAGUCGUGGGGGCGCUGGAAUACGACCCCGAGUUUCCUACACACAAGGCCAAUCAUCGCCAGUACCUCGCAGACCAGUCACGCUAUAAAGAAGUGGUCCCGAUUAAAGACGCCCUCAUCCGUCGCAAAAUCCAGUACACCUGGCGCUUGCAGUAUCUGAAAGAUGUGGUUUUGGCUCGAAUUUUGGAUGAUCCGACCUUUUCAGUCCUCAAUUCGUUGAUUUUCUUUAACCAGGUCGAAAUUGUAAAUCACAUCCAAUCAAACGGUCCCUUUUUGAAGGAAUUGUUUUCGGUGUUUGAUCCAAGAAGUCCGGAUGCAAAACGCAAGGAGGAUGCAGUGCAGUUCCUCCACCAAUGCGCAGCUAUUGCCAAAAACCUUCAAGCCCCAGCACGCGCCAAUCUAUUCGCAAACUUCAUCAGCCAUGGCCUCUUUGCUGUGAUCGCUUUCGCCAUAAAGCACCCUAAUCCCGCUAUGCGCACCACUGGGAUUGAUAUCCUAGUUGCACUGCUCGACCAUGAUCCUAUCAUGAUGCGUGGAUAUAUGCUCAAGGCCGUCAAUGAGAAAAAGACACCGUUGACUGAUACACUGAUCGAUUUACUUCAUAUGGAGUCGGAUCUCGGUGUUAAAAAUCAACUCGCAGAUGCCAUCAAGGUUCUACUGGACCCUCAGAUCCCAUUGCAGGACACGAUGGGUCGGGCUGGACCCGAACACUACUCGAAGCCACGUCCUAAUAUUCUAUCCGAUGCUUUCGUCCAGAACCACUUUGAUGAGUCUGCUAAGAGGCUAUUUAUGCCGUUAAAACGACUCGAGAAUCGCACCAGCCUUCCCGACUUGACAUUCCAAGAUGUGGCAUUGUAUGCUCACCUUGUUGAUAUUCUUACAUUUUUUGUCCGUCAACACCUGUACAGAAGCCGUGCUGUCAUCCAUAAUGAAGGUCUCGCUCCUCGAGUUGCCCAGUUACUCAAAGUACCAGAGAAGCACCUCAAGCUGACUGCAUUGAAAUUCUUUCGUACGUUGAUCAGCCUCCAAGAUACGUUUUACCAAGCGUUGAUGACACAUAACAACACGUUUGAUUUGAUUCUUGACAUCGUCUACGAGACAAUGCCACGCGACAAUCUCCUCAAUUCGGCUUGUCUCGAACUUUUUGAAUUCAUCAAACGAGAAAACAUCAAACCUAUAGUUCUGCACGUUGUUGAGAAAUACGGUGAAAAGCUCAAGAAUAUUACCUAUGUCAACACAUUUCAAGAUUUGAUUCUACGCUAUGAGCAAAUGCAGGGCUAUGGCACAGAAGUGGAGUCUACUCUCUACUCCCAAGAGGAAGGUACUCCUGUUCGGCGGAUCCAACCCAACGGACAACGCUGGCAGGGUGUUAGGGAGAUGGAUGCUGCAGAGGAAGAGUAUUUCAACACGUCGGACGAUGAAGACGAGUGGCAACAUGAUAAUGGGGCCAAUGCGACAAUGGCUUCUCAAAUGCAGAACGGCUCCGCCUCGCCAGUCGUUAAACCUCUAGUCGAUUAUCCAGAUGAUGAUGACGAGGAUGCUAUGGACACAAAGCCGGAGAGCAAUGAAGAACUGAAACAACAGUUGCUACGGCGAGAAGGCACCUCAACUCCUGAUGCCGUUACCGAAUCUUUCACGGAAGCGCCAUCGACUCCGGUCUCGUCGACCGUGCAGACACCUCCGGAGCGUUUGUCAGAGAAGCGUCGGCGUGAGGAGGAGGAUGAUGAUGAGUUGGUUAAACUCAGCUCUGGACCGAAACGAAGAAGUUCGACUAGUAGUCCUGGAAAUGCCGGCAUGCUGCGGAAGAAGAGAAGCGUGUCAAUUGGGUCGCUGCCCGCUGCUGACAAGGGAGCAACCCAGGGUGUCUUGGGAACUGUGACCGGCAGCACACCACCCAAAAGGAUAGCCAUCAAUCUCAGCUCUAAGUCAUCAUCGGAGACGGAUUCGACAGAUUCCGCGGCAGGUACUCCAAGCAGCGAGAAGGAAAACCGUGGCGAGAACCACGGUGGUGAAACAGGUUAACUGUUCUCCCGAGAUAAUCUUAUACCCUUUGUGGAAUUGGUCGCAUGGCUGGUCUUUCCUACAAGCAUCAUCCUCGUUUGUCCGAGUAACUGGAGUUCUAUUUGCAUUUUUCGGCAAUCUCCUAGAUACCAGAUGAAAUGAUGGUUUUUUCCCCGUCUUUUUUUCUUUUCAAUUCUCAUAAUUUUUACCCCCUGAUUCACAGCAUAUCUCUGUACGAUUCCCUCAUAGCUUGCUAUACAUCUUCAUGCUUUUUGGCAUUCUUAGAUAUCAUGUAUUAGGUUUCUAGUCACCCCGAAGCCUGCACUUUCUGUUUUGUUCUUCUUUUCGUCGUCGAAAUCUUUGACCUGGUGUACAGCUACCAUGUCCUGUCUGUUUCAUUCUUUCAUUGUCUUUUAAUUUUUUUUAAGUGUCCUUUCCUUAAGAAUACCUCAUGGUUCAGAGUUUGCACUGUCGAAUGCUUGGCAAAAAA